UUUUGAACCACAUCGACGUAGAUACAAUAAUUCUAAUAAAGUGUGUGUAAAUAAAUAUAUUCUUCGACCAUUGCAUACUGCUAAAGCAUUAAUUUGCUGCAGUAAUUUUAAAAAUAUAUAAUUUUUUUCAAUAUAAUUUUGCAUUUAACAUACUGUUUCGAAAUAUUAGAUUUAUCCAAGAUAUCGAAUAAUGAAUUUAUUUGUUGUUCAAAAUCAACAUAAUUCUUUUUCUUUGGAUGGUGAUUAUCAUAUGUGGAAAUCUCCUUUACCAGAUGACAGUUUAUUUAACAUUCGCAAAUCCAUCAGAGCACCCUUUUUACUGCGCAUGGUACAACACGCCUUCACCGAAGAAUUAUUUUGGAAAAGCGUCCGCCCAUAUAUAUUUGACAAGAUAUUACCGAGUGAACUACGAUUUCGAGAAUUGGCAAAGGAUUUCAAAUUAUCUAAACUCUGAAACUUACACGAAAAUUCAUGUUCUUAAUCGUGCCCAAAUUAUUGAUGAUGCAUUUCAUUUAAUGAUAGCAGGCCAACUCGAUUCAUAUCUAUUCUGGAAUAUCAUAAAGUAUCUGCAUCGAGAAGAAGAUUAUAUAGCUUGGUAUCCUAUGUUUAAAGCUUUGGAAUACAUGUUCGGUACCUUUUCAGCGUUAGACGAACAAUUUAACAAUGUUAAGGGAAGAAUAAGAGCCAUAUUAUUCGAUGUACUUAGAAAAAUCCGAUACAAAGAAGUUGUUGAUCAAGCCUUUCUUAGAAACUGUUUACGAUAUGAAGCUGCAAGAUGGGCAUGUUUUUUCGGUGAUAUCACUUGUAAGACAGAAGCCAACAAUAUAUUAAAACAAUAUAUCAUAGAUAUAAAAUUGCGCAGUCGAUUGCUAUGGAAGCAGGAAUGGAUAUAUUGUAAAGGUUUGAUGAUAACUACCAUAAACGAGACCAUUUGGGAAUCAGUGUUUGAUAUAGGAGUGAGUAAAUCUGACGCUAAAUUUUUGGAAUACUUGGCUUGCCCUGAAGAUAUUGAUGUCAUCAUCCAUUAUUUAAAAAAUGAACGGUACCAUUCUAUAAAACGGAAAUAUCAACGUGAUGUUAACAGUUUCUUACAUAUUAUUACGAAGCAUGCAAAGAAUCCACCUAUACUGAAGUACAUAUUAGAUCAUUUUAAUGAAGUAAAACCAAAAAAGAUUAAUUUAAUUGCAGCAUUAAUUAUUAUUAUUAAUAAUGAUUAUUCCGACGAUUUAUCUCAGCGAAUAUCAGUGUAUCUUGAACGUAUUUUAAACACUAACUUACGAUUAGUUGAAGUGAAUAACACAGAAGGUUUAUUUAAAAUACAUCAAAUAAAGAGGAGUGACAUUCUGAUAAGGAAGAAUAACUUAUAUGACUACAUAUUAAGACAAAUUAGUAAUCGGAACGGUCAAAUCAGAAGACAAAAGCAAUAUUUUGAAAGAUUUAUUGUAUAAUUUGUCGUUAUCAAAAAUGUCAUCUUGCAUACGUGGACAUACUUCAUAUGAGUAAUGUUUAUGUUAUACAUACUCUAUUUUAUUUACAGCUUUAAUUAUUGUUUAUAAUUAUUAUUUAGAUGUAUUACUAUUCGAUGCCUCUGUACAUUUACAAAACUUUAUUUAGUAAGAUCUGACUGCAU